AUGGCUUCUCCUCAGCAGAUUCGCACCCCUAUCACGGAUCUCUUCAAGAUCCAGCACCCCAUCCUGCUCGCUGGUAUGAAUGUUGCUGCCGGUCCUAAGCUGGCUGCUGCCGUUACCAACGCCGGUGGUUUGGGCGUCAUUGGCGGUGUCGGUUACACCCCCGACAUGCUUCGCGAGCAAAUCUCUGAACUCAAGGAGUACCUGACCGACAAGAAUGCCCCCUUUGGCGUCGAUUUGCUUCUUCCCCAAGUCGGUGGCAAUGCCCGCAAGACCAAAAUCACAUGCUUCAAGUGCGCCGACCGUCGGGCCAUUUGUGACAACGUCGAGAGAAGGAGAAAGGCUAAUAGGUCACUCUUCCCCGCGACUCACAGCUACGAUUACACCAAGGGCAAGCUCGAUGAGCUCGUCGACAUCGUCAUCGAGUCCGGCGCCAAGCUGUUCGUCUCUGCCGUCGGUGUCCCCCCCAAGCAUGUCGUCCAGAAGCUGCAGAAGGCCGGUGUCUUGUACAUGAACAUGAUCGGCCACGUCAAGCACGUCAAGAAGUGCCUUGAUCUCGGCGUCGACAUCAUCUGCGCCCAGGGUGGAGAGGGUGGUGGUCACACCGGUGAUAUCCCCACCACCGUUCUGAUUCCCGCAGUCGUCGAGGCCGUUAAGGGCCACAAGUCCCCCGUCUCCGGAGGCCCCGUGCAGGUUGUUGCCGCUGGUGGUAUUCACAACGGCCAGCUCCUCGCCUCUGCUCUCAUGAUGGGUGCCAGCGGUGUCUGGGUUGGAACCCGCUUCAUCCUCACUGAUGAGGCUGGUGCUCCCAAGGCUCACAAGGAUGCCGUCCGCACUGCCGGUCACGACGAUAAUGUCCGUACCAUUAUCUUCACUGGUCGCCCCAUGCGUGUUCGCAACAACCCAUACAUCAACGACUGGGAGACCAACAGAAUCCAGGAGAUGAAGGAGCUGACCGCCAAGGGCACCAUCCCUUAUGAGGUGGAUCUGGAGCGAUUCAUGAGUGGCGAGGCCAAAGAGCAUAGCGGUGUCGAGGCCUACAGCAGCAAUGCGGCCUCUGAGGCAGAGGACGAUGAUGAGGGUGAUGACCCUCUUGAGCAGUUCCGCCCUUACCUGAUGGGCAAGUGUGCCGCAGUUGUCAACGAGCAGAAGUCCGCCAAGGCUGUUGUUGAUGAGUUUGUCAACGAUGCUGUUGCCUGGAUCAAGAAGGGUAACCAGAUGAUUGCUAAGCUGUAA